GAUGCCGAGCCCAGCUUGCUCCAGGUCCACCAUGAAGAGAAGCAGUGCACCUCAGAGGGGCAGGAUCCAUGGGCCAGUGGCUCGCGCGUGGACUGCUGCGCUGGCCUGGACAUAUGUUUCGGGGAGCAUGACAAAGGAUGGAGCUACCGCUGCUCGAAAACGUGCGCCGGCGGCAACACCCCUUGCACACCGGAUGGACAGGAUCCCUUUCAGACAUCCAGCCUGGUCGAGUGCUGCUCUGGGUUGGAGAUGUGCUUGGGUCAGUCGGACAGCAGUGAAGCAAUGAGCUAUCGCUGCCUGGACCACUGUCCAUCAACCUGCACGAUGAAGGGCGACAACGUUUAUCAAACUGGACAACAUGUUCCUUGCUGCUCCGGCCUCCAAGAAUGUUCUGGUGACUGGAACAUGGAUGGCCAGUGGUCGCACAGGUGCUUUGCCAAAUGUUGGAUGGGUGAAUACCACCCACAUUUUGACACCACACCCGACUAUCUUGACAUUGCAGCCAGCGCACGAGGGGUGCGGGGCAAUGAUGGUGAGUUGUCCGACAAUUACUACUUAGUCAUUGGUGACAAUGGUGGCUGCGCUGGCGGCUGUGAUGGUUGCUGUGGCUGGCAGUGGCAGGUCGCCGACCAGAUGAAGAAGUAUGUGCAAGACCGGAAGGCUGCGAACCCCAAGUCCACACUGCUCUUCAUCUUGCUCGUGGGCGACAACUUCUACUGGACCGGAGCCAGUCCGGGGCGAUUCGAGGACACGUGGAAGUCGGUGUACGGGGAGCUGGCGGACUACCCAUGGUUCGCGAUCCUCGGCAACCACGACUUCGGCAACGACGAUCCCGACUGCCUGUGCCCCUUCUUCCAUGAGAGGGAGCGGUGUACAGCCGCCCACAACACUGCUGCUGGCUGUGGCGGCGCGAAACCGUACUCCACAGCAAACCAGUCGUAUGCUUGCAACCAGCUCAAUGCCGACAAGGGCGGCGUUGAUGGAGACCUGCGCAGGAACUUCCACUUGCCCGACUUCACUUACUUCUACACCAUCCCGGAGCUGGACUUCGAGUUGAUCAGUAUGGAUUACAACUGGUACGAUCGCCACGGGAUCGGUGGCAACGGCUAUGGACCGUCUGGCGGCGGCCGUGGCGUGGCCAAGUCCUGUGGUGGGGUGGAGCGUGUGGAGGACAGCCUGGCACGAAUCCGCGACGCCUCGAACAAGCUCUUCAACGAGAGGGCCAAGGCCGCGAGCGCAACAAACUACGCCAUCAUUAACCACUACCCGGACUGGGCGCAGGAAGGUAUCAACCUGCGACACAACUUCUUGCAAGGGAUGCAUCAAGAACAGGCGGCGAAGAAGCGCGUGCUGAAUUUUUACGGCCACACGCACAUCCAGCAGUGCGACAACAGUGGUGAUAAGGAGGACCCCAGCCUCUGCACCGACAUCCUCACGGGGGGUGCGGGGGGCUGCUGUGGGGAUUUGCCUGCCGGCUUUGUUGCCGUGACCUGGGGCAGCGACGGCAAAAUGACCAAUGAGUGCUACACGGACGCACAGCAGCAGGCCCCUUUUGAGAGGAGUUGUUUAUAG